AAUCGAAAGUUAACACGGCACGUGCUCGUGAAAUACUAUAUUAUCAAUCAUCCACCGAAAUAUAACCUGAGACAACAUCGUCGAAUGAAGAAAUAUGUGUUUGCACAUUUCAUGGUUGGGAACACCUUCUCUUAUACUGAAAAAGAUUGGCUUGAUGAUAUAAAACUGGCUCACGAACACAAUAUCGAUGGCUUUGCUUUGAAUAUAGGCAGGGAAAAGUGGCAGAUAGAUAGAGUUUCCGACUGCUUUGCUGCUGCUUCGAGAAUUGAAGCUCCUUUCUGGUUGUUCUUCAGCUUUGAUAUGAGCUCACUUCCUUCGGCUACAUCGGAGGACAUUCAUUAUAUGUACGAAUAUCUCGAAAGGUUUAGUAAGAGCGAACGAAUGCUUCACUAUGGCCAUGGCUUGUUUGUGUCCACGUUUGCUGGAGAACAAAGUCUAUUUGGGCAACCUACUUUGGACCGUGCCUGGUGCUUUGUCAAAGAACGACUUGCAUUCGCAGCUCAAUCUCCCAUCCAUUAUGUACCGUCGCUGUUUAUUGACCCCGCGCUCUACUCUAGUAUGGAGUCUUUGGACGGAGCUUUUAAUUGGAACGGUAGCUGGCCGAUUCAGUUGAAUUCGAGCUCUUCUCGCCAGGAAAUGGAAUGCUCCAGUUUGGAUUCCGACAACCAUCACCUACAAAAUCUCAAUGGGCGCACUUUCAUGUCCGCAGUUUCUCCCUGGUUUUUUACGCACUAUGGUCCUGAUAGUUGGAACAAGAAUUGGAUAUAUCGAGGGGAUGACUGGCUUUAUGUGAGGCGCUGGGAGCAACUGGUCGCAAUGAGAGAUCGGGUCGACAUCAUCCAGAUAAUAUCUUGGAAUGAUUACGGCGAAUCACAUUACAUCGGCCCUAUCAAAGGUAUACAACCCAAGUCCCAAGGUUGGGUAGAUGGGUAUCCCCACGAUGCCUUUCUGAAAUUGACUGCCUAUUUCGGCCGUGCCUUUAAAGAAGGCCGAUAUCCUGAUAUAAAUGAAGAUCGUAUUUUUGCCUGGGCUCGCCCACACCCCAAAAGCGCUAUCGCCUCUAAUGACCGUGUUCCUCGACCAGAAAAUUGGGACUUGACCGACGAUAAGGUGUGGGUGGUCGUGCUCGCAAAAUUACCUGCCACGGUUUUGAUUUACGGACCAAAGAAUCUCAAGGUCGACGUGCGCGAGGGUCUCACAAAGAUAUCUCAAACUCUAGAGCCCGGGGAUGGAAUGGAGAUUGUGAUGCAGCGUAAUGAAGUCGUUGUGACCGAAUGCUCCCCCUUAGAAUUUACAUUCAAUCCUAAACCCCUGCUGUACAAUUUCAAUGUAUUUACAGCCUGUUCUUAAAAAAGACAUUUUUUCGUCGUA